GAGGAUCUGGAAGAGGAGGAGGAGGAGCUGGACGACGAGGAUGCAGAUGCAGAGGGCGAAAUGGACGUGGAUGCGGAGGGGGACACGUUUGAGCUCAACGUCAACGGUGCACCCACCGAGCAGCCCCCGUCCGUCUCGUCGUUCAGCAAGGAGCAGGAAAUAGAAAAACUGCGCACGUCUGGCUCUAUGACACAGUCCAUCUCUGAAAUCGCACGCGUCAAGAACCUCAACCGGCUUCAGAUUGGCAAGCACGAAGUCGAGUCGUGGUAUUUCAGUCCCUAUCCAAAGGAGUAUGCCCAUCUGCCUGUACUCUACCUCUGCGAGUUUUGUCUGUCUUUCUUCCCCUCUCCUUUCAUGCUGUCGCGGCAUCGACAGAGAUGCAAUCUGCUACACCCACCCGGUAACGAAAUCUAUCGACACGAAGACAUCUCAUUCUUCGAGAUCGACGGUAAACGCCAGCUAACGUGGUGCCGGAAUCUCAGUCUGCUAUCAAAAUGCUUUUUGGACCAUAAAACUCUGUAUUAUGAUGUAACGCCAUUUAUGUAUUAUGUGAUGAGCAAACGAGAUUCCGCAGGGUGUCAUAUCAUCGGCUACUUUUCCAAGGAGAAAGAAUCUGCCGACAACUACAACGUCGCCUGCAUCCUCACCCUCCCGCAGCACCAACGGCACGGGUACGGCAAACUUCUCAUCGAAUUCUCUUACGAGCUUAGCAAAAAAGAAGGGAAGCUUGGUAGCCCCGAAAAGCCACUCAGUGACCUCGGGCUACUGGGCUAUCGCGCGUAUUGGGCCGAGGUCAUCGUGGAGCUGCUGAUCAACACGAGCGAUGAGCUCAGCAUCGACGAUAUCGCACAGAAGACGUCGAUCACACAUGCAGACAUCAUGAAUACGUGUACGACGCUGCAGUUAUUCAAACAUUACAAGGGGCAGCAUAUCAUCUGUCUGUCGGAUGCUGUCUUGGAACGACACGAGAAGACACGGAACAAACGCAGACGACAAAUAUACCCAGAGCAUUUGAUAUGGAAGCCCCCUGUGUUUACACGAGAUCAGCUCCGGUUCUACUGAUCUUGCGAGGAACACAGGUGCUGAGUUGGGCGGUCCCUGUCAGUUCUUUCUAUCAGAUUGCGCCAGAUUCACUUUUUGGGACAAGUUUAUCUUGGAGUAUGUAUUGUAGCAUCAUAGUAUCUGUAAUCUGUACACGCGAGGGUGUAAUAACGUGCCAUUGCCAAAUUUGUAAUUGUUUUGCUU